AUGGGCUUGGCAAAUGGUUUGAUAAUAAAUGUAGUUUCUGUCAAGAGAAAGAAUGGUGUUUUGAUGAAAUGUUGUAAAGGUAGAAAAGUCAAGGGGUCACUUGAAGAUGGUGAAAAAUAUGUCUCAACGGAUUCAAAGACACAAAUCACUGGCUGUAAAUUUAAGGUAUAUGUGCACUCAGUUGGUGGAAAGUGGCGCAUUCGUGUGUAUCCUGGUGAGUUUGGAAUGCAUAACCAUUCCCUGUUUGACGAAGAUCAUCCCACAAGGGGCCUUAGCGAUGGAGUGAAACAGGUUAUACAGGAUAUGUCUAAAGAUGGGUGCAGACCGUGUCAAAUAAUGGUAGCAAUUGAGAGGAAAUUUCCAGAUGAAAAAGUUAAUAGACGGCAAGUCUACAAUUACAGGAAGAAAUUGGGUAGUCAGGGGUUCCCGGUCUUGGGUGACUCGAGUGCCAUGGAUAUCGCGACGAAGACACUAUCGGUGGCGAAGCAUCAUCGUUACAUCAUUAUGAAAGAUUGCAAUCAGGAGACAGGUAGGGUGAAGAGCGCGCACAAGCAGUUAAAAACUUGGCUGGAAACAUCCACUGUGUUGCUAGAUACACUUUGGGCUAAGGUGCACUUAAAAAUUCAGACUCAGCUAACUGAAAUACGGUACAAACUGGAAUACUCAAAACAGAAAAUUGGCACCCAUUAUUGCGGUUUUCCAUUGAACCGCUUGAAGUGUCAAGUUUCACAUACAUGUUUGAAAAAACUGAACGCUGAGUGGUCGAAGGCGCAAGAGUGGAAAGAAGAAACGAAUGACAGAUGUGAUCAUGUGGUUUACUGGACUUGUCGAAUUCCAUGUGCGUUCGCCCUCAAAAAGGCGGCAGAUGCCGGCACAUCGAUUACUCUUAAGCAUAUUCACCCAUUCUGGGCGACCCUUAAUAUCGGUGAACAGGCUGCUACUGGUGGUUCGAGCGAUGUGGAUGUCGAUGUCCUUUAUACCAAACAGUUGAUGGAAGAGCUGAACGAGUGUCCUAAGGCAGUACGACGCAUGGUAAAUAGGGCUCUCUACGAUAUUAUGCAUCUAGACCAGUGUAGCUUCAAACAACCCGAGGAGGUCAAGAGACGGAAGGGGCAGCCGAAGGGGGCUAAAUCAAAGAUAAAAGCGACACCUAAUGUGUGGGAUUACAGGGACGAAACUCAAGGAAAGUCGACCACAGUGACGAGCGAUUCAACUAAGAAGUGCCCCUCGUCUUCAGGUGGUCAUACAGAUGCAUCCAUAGAUAUUUUUGCAAGUGAUAUUUCACAGUAUGGUUGCUACGACCUCAUUCCAUGGCCCAUUUGGACAUAUAUUACCAAUUACCUUGAUGUUGCUGCCAAUGGCAAUUGUGGAUUUCACGUCGUAGUGAGUAACAUGUAUUUGUGCAAGGAAAAGUGGGCGAUGGCGAGAGAGGCAAUUGCGACCGAGCUAGAACAGAAUUGGCAUCUGUACAGGAGAAUUUACGUGUAUACCCACUUUUUAUUUUCUAUGUUAUGA